AUGCACCUCUUCCUGAUCCGCCAUGGCGAGACGGUCGACAACGUUGCUGGCAUCUACGCCGGGUCGCGGGAUUCGGCGCUGACUUCGCACGGCGUACUGCAAAUCCGCAGGCUGGCCACGCACCUAGCCGAGGAAGAGCAGCUGGCAUUGAAGUUCAUCUUCUCGUCGGAUCUCCAGCGCGCGGUGAAGACGGCCGAGGCGAUUGCGGCGGAGCAGAGGCGUGUCUGCUCCCGGGACAUUCCGGUCGUCGAGCUUGCCGAGCUGCGGGAAAAGGACUUUGGAAGUGAUGAAGGCAUGAAGUUUGGAGACUCGAGAGGCCGCGCGCCGGAUUCCGAGACGGCCGAGUCGAUGAAGGCGAGGGUCGACGCCUUUCUGGACGAACACCUGCUUCCACUCCUCAGCGCUCACAUUGACGGAAGUCCAUCGACAUGCGCCAUCGUCUCCCAUGGCAUCAUCCUCGGCGUCCUCUACCGUGAGCUCUGCGCCCGCGUCAGCCGAGGCGGCAUCACGGUCGACCCAAACCCCAGUGCCGCCAGCUCCCUCAUCUCCCCUCCCUUCUGGGACAACACCGGCUUCCUCGAAUGCACCGUGUCCAUGACCGAAGCCGUGGCAGAUGAGGAUAAGUCGCUGCCGUUGAUCCUGCACGUCAGUCGCGUCAACUGCACCGUUCAUCUCAGGGACUUGAAAAAGACCCGCGGGGGCAUUGGCAGCGCCGCCUUUGACGAGAAACAGCGCACUCUGACAUCGUUUUUUGUGCCAGGCUCGAAGAAGCGCAAGAGCCAUGACAUGAGUGCUGGGUAA